GCUCAUGGCUCAAAGAACAAACCAGAAGUCUAAAUAGAAAACAUUUUCCAACUGACUUGAACUCCUUGCUGUAGAAAUUCAUGACCCGACCCGACAACCCCCUAAAAUAUGGCUCAUUUGAUUGCAAGUACAUACAAUUCCUUUCUUCUAAAUUCAUCUUCCAGCUUUAGAUGUAAUAAAGUUGAAGUGGAGAACUUGGGUGAUAGUAGCAGGGAUCUGACUUUUUUUGAGAGAAGUAGUGAGAGGGGAAGAAAGUCCAGGGAGAGACAAAGGGGAGCUUUGGUGCCCUUUUGUUCUUCUUCUUCAACCUCUGUGGGUUUGGAGGGGGAGGGCAAGGAUAGGAAAUUAUUGGUCAGUAAGGAGCAGUUUGGCUAUUUGGUUAGUGAGUUUGGGUGGAAGGUUAGGAGGUUGGUUGAGGAAGAAGAUGAGAUGAGAAGAGUAGCCCAAGUACAGGCUGAAGCAUUUCAUGAUCCAGUUAUUCUGUUCAAUGGUUUGUUCUUUGAAUUCUUCAAGGCUGAAGUGUUCUCUGGCCUUGUCUACAAGUUAAGAAACUCACCACCAGAUAGGUAUGCUUGUUUGGUUGCUGAGGCAGCAGAUACUUCAAAUACAAAGCCUGAAUCUCCAGAGGGGCUUGUGGGGGUUGCAGAUGUAACAGUAUUAAGAGAUGAAGUUGUCCUCAGGCAUCUUGAAGGAGCAGAAGAAUAUCUUUAUGUUUCUGGAAUAGCAGUGUCAAAAGAUUUCAGGAGACGGAAGGUAGCAACUGCAUUGCUUAAAGCCUGCGACAUGCUGUCACUUCUUUGGGGUUUCAACUACCUUGCUCUGCGGGCAUAUGAAGAUGAUUUAGCAGCACACAAAUUGUACGGUAAUGCAGGCUACAGAGUUGUUUCAGGAGAUUCACCAUGGUUACCUUCUUGGAUAGGAAGUAAGCGAAGGGUUCUAAUGAUCAAAAGGUCAACCUUAGGUACUUCAACUCUGCUGCCUCACCUAAUUGGCUUGGACCUCAGGAGAUUGGUGCUGACAAACUUAAUUGCAAAAGGAAGAUAAAACACAAUCAUAGUACAUCUGAGACUAAACUCAUUAUUACAACUUUCAUAUUCAGAUUUUCUUUUGCUUCUUUCAAGUUGGGGCAUCAAAUAAGCACCUUAUUUGAUAUUAUAAUAGAUGUGCAGCACAGAACUGAGAAAGUUUGAAGUUCAGUAGCCUUGGAUAGAAGGGGAUACAUAAAAUGAACCCCACUUUCAAGAGGGCAAUGCUUUAUCACAGGUAUAGAAGCCCUUAGAACCAUAGCAAAACCUAUCAGAGGUUGCUGAAUUCAGGCUAUAAGCUCAUUUACCAAAACAAGCCAUGGCCUUCUUAUAUUUGAAAUAUCCAUUAGGAAGAGGAUGAUCAUAUUCUUCAAGACCAUAUUGUUCUUGGUUGGCUAGCCUACCUACCAAGCAACUCUCUGAUCUUUAUUCAGAAAUUGAUCUCUGGGUUAAAAGAUAAAGAACUGCAUCAACCAGGAGUGACAAGUAAUUUACUGGUGGAGUAUCGAUGAAAUAUGAAAAAUAAAGAUGUCAAGGAGUGGCUAUUGUGAAGGUUCCCCAUUUGGUACUUCAGUGCAUGUAUGCUUGUGUCUAGUUGUUGAUCUUCAUCUUUCUUGAGUUGGAAACAAACACUGUUUUCUCUAGAGUUAAAUGUACAAAUCAAGAGUGAAAACUUUUUCAUCAA